AUGAAGAAACUCAAGUCUUACAUGCACAACUACAGCCGAGCAGUGCUAACAGACGUCGGCGUCAUGAUCAAGGACCAGCAAUCCUUCUCCACGGACGCGGUCAAGGACAAUGCGGUCGACGAUAGCGGUCCCGUGACCGAUCCGUUUGUAGAUCAGGAAGAGGACGAAGCGGCGGCCGCGCGAACCAGCUACGACGGCGCGUCCUUCAUCAGCUGUGUGACCUGCCUGAGCGACAAUGACAGCGAGGACCAAGGAAACGGCGGCCGCUCGCUCCCCGCGAAUACGCUGAUUCCUUACGUGAAGAUUCUGUACGCGCGAAAAGUGUGCGCGGUGACCACAGAGCUCUCCCACUACCGGGAUGAAGUGAACCAGAGCAACGAUGGCGACGCCGACACCCUUGGCGCUGAGUUCUUGUCUACCCUCAUCGAAGUCACUAUCGCUAAGCCUCGACGUCACGAUUUGGUGCCCAAGAAACUGCUUCUAUGUUUCGGUACCACACUUUCAGAGGAGGACAUCGUGGAAACGCUGAUGCAAAGAAGUUACAAGGGCACCAAGCGGGGCAAGUCGAUAUUGGUGCUCGUAAACCCACAUGGUGGUAAGGGCCAAGCUAAAAAGCUAUUUGUGUCCAAGGUAAAACCUAUCUUGACUGCUAGCAACUGCAUGGUGGACACUUUGGAGACAACGCACCGUGGCCAUGCCAUGGAGAUAGCACAGACCGUCAAUAUUGACAAGUAUGAUAUUAUCGCUUGUGCUUCUGGCGAUGGAAUUCCUCACGAAGUCCUUAAUGGACUGUUCCGCAGAGAAGACCGGGCUGCCGCAUUUAACAAGUUGGCGAUAACUCAGCUGCCCUGUGGGUCUGGUAACGCGAUGAGCUUGUCGUGCCAUGGCACAACGAAUCCCACUUACGCCGCGCUUAGUGUGGUGAAAGCGCCAGAAAUAAGAAUAGACUUGAUGUGUUGCACCCAAGAGUCUUACAAAGAUCACCCCAAAGUGUCGUUCUUAAGUCAGACUUACGGAGUGAUAGCAGAGUCUGAUAUCAACACAGAGUGCAUCAGAUGGAUGGGGCCUUCCAGAUUUGAACUUGGUGUUCUUUUGAAUAUCUUGCAGCGCAAAAAAUACCCCUGUGAGUUGUACGUGAAGUAUUUAGCCAAGUCAAAGAAUGAGUUACGGGAGUACUACAACUUCCAUAAGAAAAAACAAGAACAAGCUAAUAACGACUCUUCAUCUGACUUUUCAGAGUCAUUGGAUGUUGAAGAAUCAGACUUUACACUCAAAUACGACCUAUUGAGUGAUAUACCUGAGGAUUGGGAUAUCGUGGACUCCAGUGUCACAGGAAACCUAGGCAUUUUUUAUGCCGGGAAAAUGCCCUAUGUGGCGCCUAACACCAAGUUUUUCCCGGCAGCUUUGCCCAACGAUGGAGCUGUCGAUCUUGUUUUGACAGACUCCAGAACGUCUCUAACAAGAAUGGCUCCCAUAUUAUUGUCAUUGGACAAAGGGUAUCAUGUUUUGCAACCCGAGGUAAUCCAUUCGAAGGUUACUGCUUAUAGGUUGAUUCCCAAAGUGAAGAAUAGCAUUAUUUCUAUCGAUGGUGAAAUGUUUCCUUUUGAGCCUCUGCAGGUUGAAGUCUUGUCGGGUCUUUGCAAAACAUUAUCAUACAAUGGGUCUUACGUCGAAACCGACUUCGAGUCGAUGUAG